AUGUGGUGCCGUUCUCACUUGGAACAAAACGAGAAUACCAUGUUGCCUCCUUCGCAGCGUUGCCGUGAUCAGACGACAAAAGCUCCAACAGGACCCUUCAAAAGAGAUCACCUUUUGAAGUAUUUGGAAGAGAAGGCAAAGAGCGAAAAGGACUGGGAGGAUAUGGCGGGGGAGUGUUGGCUGGAAUUUCUAGGCAAAGUAUGGGAGGCGACAGCGGCCGCGAAUCUGCUGAAGAUGGCACCACGUCAGAGGAACAUCCAGCGUCAAGAGUUGCUCGAAUGGAGAUGCCGAUUGAACUCGAUUUGGACGAUGACGAUGAUCUUGAUGGAGGCAUUGGAUGGUGCACCUGGCGAUGUCUCGCUUGAUCUGGCCGGAAUUCUCGGUAUGCACAAUAUUCUUAACCAACCGCAGUACUAUAAUGCCUUGAAAGGAAAGCAACAAGACGACAGUACGGGAACAACGUUUGCGGGUAUCAUUCGGGCAUAUGAGCCGAAAGAAACUCCAGAUGAACCCGAAAAUGACACCAACGUGGAUGAAUGUAUUAAACGGCUAGAAGAGGACGACGAGGACAUGAAGGAAGUCAAUGUCAACAAUAUGAAACGGAUUUCAAAGGGAUUGAUCAAACUUCUCGAAACGUCUACUUCUCUGAAGGUGUUAAACGUUGAAUCUAAUUUCAUUUCUCCCGAACUUCUGGCGAAACUUCUUCGAGCUACUCUUGUUACGCAGUGUUUGACAGAGUUCAAAGCAGAAAACCAGCGCCAAUCAGUGUUGGGCAAUCAAGUGGAAAUGGACAUGACGUCGUCUGUAGAAGAAAACGAAUCACUUCUACGAGUGGGCAUAGCGUUUCAAUCGAUGGAGGCCCGUCAUCGUGUAUCCGACGCGUUGGAGAAAAAUUAUGAACGAGUGCGAUUGCGGCGUUUGGGAAAGUUGGAGAGUUGA